AUGGGAAACAACAGUUCCCACAAGAGGACCAAAGUCCCUAAGCAGGCCCGAAAGGACAGGCCACCUGACAUGGACAAGGCCUGGCAGAAACAGCAGUUCUUCAGCCACCUCAAGUGGAAGAAGCCGAGCACCAAGAUCGUGCUGCUCUUCCCCCUGGACAAGCAGCAGCAGCUAGCUGAGGUGACGGCGGGCCCCGGCGCGCGGUGCGGGCGGCCGGGUGAGGACGCAGCGGACGCCCGGGUGGCCUCCCCGGCGGCGGUGCCCGCGCUGCGAGGAGCGGGCGACAGCGCGGAGCGGCGCGAGGGCGCACGAACGCGCGAGAUGAAGAAGAUCCUGGUCCUGCUGCUGCUGCUGGACGCGCGGCUGCAGGAAGAAGGGCGCCGCGCGGAGGGCGGGGCCAAGGCGGCGCAGGGCUGGCAGCGGCUCUACUCGCGCCUGCUGACCGACAGCGAGGCGGGAGGCGAGGCCGACCCCGCCGAGGAGCAGCCACGCAAGCGGCGCCGCUGCCCUCGCCCGCGGCCCUGA